AUGGCUCCUCCGCCGCAGCCUGCCUCGCCUCGGUUCGAGGCUUGCGCUUCCACAGCGUCGCUAUUUCUUUAUGCCCAGGGUUCGACAAUCCUAUGCCUGCACCAUGACACAUUAGCGAUUGAGCGCCGCUUCCAGAGUCACCAGGAAAAUAUUGAAUUUAUAUCGGUGGAUAAUGUCAGCGAGCGGGGUGCGGGGAGAUUGGUGGUCAGUUACGAUGUAGGGCAGACAGCGAUUGUUUGGGAUAUUUUCACAGGGACCGAAAUUGCCCGGUUUGCUUCGUUUGAGCAUUUGCGAGUGGCUGCAUGGAUGCGUAAUGGCAAUGUCGCAUUCGGAAAUGGGAAAGGUGAAGUUAUUUUAUUUGAACCUCCGACACAAGAGCAUAUCUCUGCGCGCACGAUAUUUGAUCCGAUUACUGCCAUGGCUCCCGCUACGGAUUGUCGGACCCAUGCAAUUGGGUAUCAAAACGGAUCGAUUUUGAUCGCAACUCUUCUUCCUCAAUUUACCAUUCUUCACACUCUGACUACAUCCCGAGGGCCGUCUCCAAUUAUAUCCCUCGCAUGGCAUGCAUCUUCUUCGAAGCAAAAGUCGGAUAUGCUGGCAACCCAAUCUUCCAAUGGCGAUCUUAGAGUUUGGAGCGUGGCAAAGCCACCAGGAAAAGAGUCACCCCGAGUUAUUCGGGUACUCAAACGAUCAGAUUCAAGCCCUGCUGACCCUAAGUGGAUGGGAUGGUCGAAGAAUGGAAGACUAGUUCAAUAUCUGGAAGGAGAAACAUGGUCUUGGGACGUCCGAACGAAACAUGUUACUUACGACCCAAUUCCCACGAUCGACGGCGUCCGAGGACUUGCAAACUACGGCCCUACCGCAACCCUUUUCACACUCGGUCCUCAGAACUCAGUACAGCAGUAUGAUUUGGAAAAUCCAGCAAUGGUUGCAAACGUGCAGCACCUUCCAGUCGGAUCUAGAUCUGGCGCAUCAGAGAAUAGCAGAUCAAGAACAAUGUCACCACGCCACCUGCAGGACCCUCCUGAUAUCCGCGAACCAACAAGUGCCGUCCGACGAACACCAUUCGAUGCAAGUGGGAUUGAAAGUAUCAGGCAACGAGCGGAUCUAACCAGCCCUACUUCUUCUCAAAGUAGGACGGAAUCGGUCAGCUCUAAGGCGUCAUCUUCGAAGUAUAAUACAAAGCCUUUUUCGCCGCCUAGUCGAUCUGGUCAGAGCGCCACUACUUUCUCAUUGACAUCGGCUGGGGGUGAUACACCACAGCCUUCUGCGUCUGCUGUUUCAUUCGCGUAUCCAUCUUCUGUUUCGAUGUCGUCUGUGAGAAGUUCAAGGGCGGCUUCGCGGUUGCGGAAUGAGGUCCAUCUAAGUCCAGCCGAGAAAAAUAUCGUUGAUUUGUUUCCUUUCACUCGUGCUCGACUCAAUGAUGUGCCUUACAAGCAACAGCCGCCUCUUGAUGAUCCAAAUUUGACUUCUGAUGGUUUACGACAGCAGAUGUUGAGUGUGGUGUUUGGCUGGGAUGGUGACAUUGAAGAUUUGAUCAGGGACGAGCUGAGCCGCCACGCUUUGGGAAGCCAGAGUGCCAUUCUUCUAGCACAAUGGCUAGGUGAAACCGAUACAGAUCAAAUGGCUUCAAUGAUUGCUCCAGGACCGACAACAACAUCUGACUGGAUGCUUCUUGCUUUGAGCCAAAUGACUGGUCACGCCCAAGCGAACAAAGUUGGACAGGCAUUUGUUCAGAAGCUGCUUGAAGCUGGAGACACGCAUACUUCAGCUGCUAUUCUGCUUGGACUCGGAGACAGUAAUGAUGCGAUUGAAGUCUAUGUUUCACGGAACCACUUCAUGGAGGCCAUCCUGAUGACAUGUCUGCUUAUGCCAUCCGACUGGCAGCGACAAUCAUAUCUUGUUCGUAGAUGGGGAGAACACGUUGUCACGCAUUCUCAGCAGCAACUUGCAAUUCGAUGCUUCAUGUGUACCGGCGUGGAACCAUCGGAGCCAUGGGCAUCACCGUCCGCACAGCAAGCCGCAUCUUUUGCGGAAAUGAUCCGAGCAAAGUCCCCCUUAGCUUCGCCUGAGCUAUCACAGGCCAAUAUCUCAAGCAUGAUGCCCCCGCCAAUCCGACCAAGGUCCGCAUCUAACGGGAAAUCUGCCCCGAAGACUCCAGCGCUGAAGCUCAUUACUUCCUUUGACGCGCAGCCAAAUCAGCGCUUCCGCUUCCCUGGAUUGAAGUCUGAUGAUCGUACUCCAACUAAUGCACCGGGGAUCACGCCAAUUGCUGAAUCUGCUGUACCAGACUCCGCAUUGUCGCCUGGUGGUCUCGGAUCUUGGAAGCUGAACAAUAUCCAAAGUCUCAGUCAUGCAAUGACAUCUCGAACUAAUACCCCUUCUUUCAACCGACGCCGUUUGCCCUCAAUUGGAGAGACACCAGUUGAUGUACACCCUCCCUCAUUCUCACGAUCUGGUUCCUUCAGUCAAAAUGAGUAUGGAUCUACUUCAGAGAACGAGACGAGUGGUCACGAGCACAGUCAAGAUGAAAGGGAGAGCGACAGUGGUCUUCUGACUCUACCAUCUGCGAGAUAUGACCCGAACAAUGACUCUCUCAAACCCAGCCCUCAGACUGCCGUGCAAGGAAUGGACAAAUUUGCGACUAUCAAAGGCCUUCCAUCUCCAGCAGCUGGUGUGUUUGAAGCUCUCACCAGCGAUGACCACCGCAAUGGUUCUCGGGAUCGUAAACCCGAUGGUCUUCAAAUUGAGCUAUUAGACAGCGAACGAAGUCACCAAGAACACGCAGAGCUGAUUCCUAGCGCUAAGAGCACGGCUUCGACAGCAAAUAGCUUCACUUCCGCCAAAAGUCCAAGUGUCAGUGGUCGCAGUAUUGAUCAAUACAUUAGUAGCCUCGACGAAGCGAACUUCCACGCACGCAAAUACCGUGGUCCUCAUACACCCGGACGUGGAAGACGGAACACAGACGAUGCUGCUAGCCAGAGCUCACGCGUUCAUCAAUCACGAGAUGCUUCGAGAGAUACUCGUGGACGGAAUGAUCGUCGCUAUAUCCAGCCUGCCAAACGCUCCCCCUCUUCACCUGUGCCUAUGUCCCCUGAAGAAUUGGCCCGUUAUGGCGCCGGCGAGUCUGAAAAGGCUGCGACCAAACCAAAGUCCAAGUCACGUACUAGGAGUUCCAGUAAGAUCAGACGACCAGACUCAAGAGCCCGCCAGAGAUCAUCAAGCCGACAUACAGCAAGCCGUAUUGCAGACAAGCGAGAGGCUUCAAACCGUGGCCGCAGCAAUGAUCGACAAGGAUCUAGCGCUCGGUCACCAUCCUCUCCUCGUCCCAUGUAUUUCCCCGGAGACGAGCCCUCUCAAACCGAUGGUGCGGAUGAUCCGAUGAAAUUUGUUGCGAGUAACCAGCAGAGGCUGCGGUCUCGUCAUCGUAGUGCCAGUCGUCGCCGUGCUGAAAGAGGCACAAGUGCUACAAGUGCCAGAAGAGACGCUUCCCCAGAAUCCAGACACAAGACAUCCCAAAGUCUUUCUGAGAUUCAGCCAGGACCUAAGGCUGAUCCCUGGGCUCAGGAAUCCGAACCUGUGCAAUUAUUGUCGUGCAAGGUCUUUAGCCAGGAGCCCCCUUUCAGCGCAUUUUCCAAUGGACAAGCCACCUCAACUGCGAAUGAAUUCCAGGAUAUUGCAUCCCCAACAACGCCAUUUGUCAGUAUGGCAGAGAGGAAGAGGAGAGAGUUCGCAGCUGCUGAAUUAGAGGCCCGGAGACUAUCUCUUGCACGAAACCCAUCGGCACCAAACAUUCCUUUCCCGGGUGAGCUGCAAAGCGUCAGAAGUCCCAUCGAAAGCCCUCCUCCGUUUUCUGGUGGUAACUCGUACUUCCCACGAGCUCCAUCUCGAAACAAAGUGAUGCAGAGCAAGGCAUCUCCCGAAUACCCAAGUAGCUCGGAUUCCAAUUCUUCACGCUCUGGCAUGCCAGUAGGGCUUCCAGCAACUCCGCGAGCUAUGCGCCAUCCCAAGUACGGAGGAAGUGGACAAGACGAAGAACGACCUCCUUCAGUGCCAGCCAUUCCUUCGGACACCAGCCUUUUCCUAAGCAGUGCCAGGUACCAAGGCGAUGCCGAAAGAAUCGGCCGAUCAAUGUCCGUUCCAGUCCCAGAAGGCCAGUUCAACGGCACAGCACCGAUGCCCAACGACCUCCCUAUGCAUCCUCGCUUCAACCCCGCUCUACCAAGAAGUAGAUCGAGCAGCCGAAGCCGUCAGACAGGUCAUCGUCGUACCAGCUCAGGUGGCUACAUCUCAGGCACCUCCCCUAACCUGGCCGUAAGCAUUGAAGAGACAAUCGAGCAGGCGAUGCAACGAGGACCUUUAGUCAACUACGACAACAUCCCGCCUCCACCACCACCACCACCAAUCCUCCCAGAGUUACAGCAUCUCAAUACACCACCCCCACCAUCUCCAUUCCCAGUGACGGCAGACCCCGUCUCUCCGCGUGAAUCUUCUGCCACAAUUGAUAUUGCCAUUGAUAACAACGAAGACCUUGGUCGUCUCCUUCCGCGCGCUAUGACAGCUGCCCCGGCUUUCAACGUCCACGCGCAGAGCGUUGGUCCCCAAUCUGGGAAUCGGCGAAUGUCCUUUGAUCAUCGCCGGAACAGAAGUUCCAACGAAAGCUUCACCAACAAGUUAAGGAGCUUGACUCGCAUGCGCAGUACCGCCAGUCGCAGUGUCGAGCCUUGGUCGCAGGCUGCCGAGCCGGAGAUGCCGUACGAAAGUGCACACUCGCAUGCGCAUGGUGUGGCCUCAAAUCAGAAUUAUGUUCUUCCGAGUCAGAGCUAUGUCUCGCCUGGUCAGAACUUCGUCUAA